AAAGAGAGAGUCGGUGUGAGUGUCUGAGAGAGACGGAGGGAGAGGAGAAAUUCAGAGUUUGUAUCGGAAAGGGUGUAUGUGAGAGAAUUUUGGUGAGAAAAUCUGAGUGAGAGUCCUUGAGAGAGAGAGAGACUAGGGAAAGAGUGUGUGUGCGAGAGAGAGAGACUAGGGAAAGAGUGUGUGUGCGAGAGAGAAAGAGAGACCAGGGAAAGCGUGUGUGUGCAAGAGAGAGAGACUAUGGGUGAGAAAUAGAGUGAAGGAGAGAGACUGAGAGUGUGUAAGAGUGAGAUUGUGUGUGAGAGAGAGACUGUCUGAGAGAAACUGGGCAUAUGAGAGAGACUAUGAGUGUACAUGAGAGGUACAGACAUUAUGUGUGUGAGAUGCAGACAGCAAGUGUGAGCGAGAGUCUGUGUGUGUGAUAGAGAGUCUGAGCGUGUGUGAGUGAUGGACUGUAUGUGUGACAGACUGAGUGUGUGAGAGAGACUGGAUGCAUGUGUGAGAUAAACUGUCACUGUGUGUGUAUGAGAGAGGGAGACUGAGUAUCAGUGAGAGACUGUGAGUUCAUGUGAGAGAAUGAGAGAGUGAGAGAGACUCAAUGUGUGUAAGGGAGACUGUGAGAAAGAGACUGAGAGUGUGUGAAAUAGACUGUGUGUGCAUGAGAAACUGAGUAUGUGUGAGAGUGAGAGACUGGUGGGUGCGAGAUCAAGACUGUGUACGUGAGAGAGUGAGAGAGAGACUGUAUGUGAAAGAGUGAGAGACUGUAUGUGUGAGACAUUGAGUUGUGUAAGAGAGAAAGAGAUUGUGAGUGUGUGUGUGAGUAAUUGAUUGUGUGAGAGAGAGACUGAGUAUGAGAGAUUGAGUGCAUGAAAGAUUCUGAGUGUAUGAGAGAGACUAUGUGAGAGAGACUGAGUGUGUGUAAGAGAAACACUGUAUGUGUGCAAGAGGAACUGAGUAUGUGUUAUAGAGAGACUGAAUGUGUGAAUAUGUGAGAGAGACUAAAUGUGUGUGAGAGAGAGACUAUGUGUGUAUUUGAAAGAAACCGAGUGUGUGAGAGAAUGUGCAUGUGAGAGAGAGAGACUGGGUGUAUGUGUAAGAUAAACUACGAUUGUAAUUGAGAGAGAGUGAGUGUGUGUGAGAGAGUGUGUAUUUGUGAGAGACUGCGUUAGAAAGAGACAUUGCGUGUGAGAUAGACUGUAUGUGUGUAUGAGAGAUGAGAAGGCUGUACUUGAGAUAGAGAGACUGUGUAUGAGUCUGUAAGUAUGUGAGACAGACUGUGUGCGUAGGUGCAUGAGGUAGAAAGACUAUGAACACGGAUGAGACUGUUGUUAGAAAGUGACGACUGUGUGUCAGAGAGAGGGACUCCGUGUACUGUGUCACAGUGGGAGUGAGGCUGCGUUAUGAAUGAGAGAAAUUACGUGUGAGUGAGAGAGACAGACUGUGAGAGAGAAUAUGUGAGUGAGAAAGAGAGACACUGUCUGAGAGAUUGUAUGUGUGUGAGAGAGACUCUGUGUACGAGUGAGAUUCUGUGUGUGAGUGUGAGUGAGAGAGAAUCCCUUCCCGAACACUACCGCAUUCCAGGCGCCGAACUGCCAGGUUGGAGCGGAUCCGCACAGGAUACGCUGACGUGCCCCGCCAGGCCAGGAAGGGGAGGCGGUGUCCAGUUCUUUUCCUGUGUGGGAUCCAUAAGGAAGUCGGGGAGAGAGCGAGAGAGAGAAGCGCCAUAAGGGAAGGACAAAAUGUGGGAAUGUACGAGGCCGGAGCGGCUCUGGCUUCGCGCCAUGUGACCCCUGCUAGCCUGGGAGGUGCCGUAAGGCGACACGGCAAGGAAGAGGGGGAAGAGGACGAGGUGAGAGGACGUUCCUGCAGCAGUUGGCAGGUCAAGUGGAGGAAGAAGCAGAGGAUCGAUCAGAGAACCAGGGGAGGCGAGGGCAGAAUCUCCGCACCCCCUCCAGUGCCUCUUGCCCUACCUCAGCAUCACAAUCUGUGAGACUGGUGGGGAUCGUGUGGGAUUAACUGACCCGUCACUGAUCUACAGCUGCGGAGGGCAAGCAGUACGCCCCAACUGUACUGGGACCUCCCGGAGGAAGGGGCUUGACACCCUGUCACCGGGACGCUGCCUGUGACGGAUAGCCCCCCACCUGGGGUCCAAGGGACACACAGAACAACUCUGUCACGUUUGCAAGGAGUCUCGGCCGUCGACCUGUCACCAUCCCUGUGAGCGGUUCUCCUGGGGGACUUCCAAUCUCACAGACGCAGUCAUACAUACAGAUACUCUCACACACACAAACACGAGUAGGCAGACAGACGCAGAUGCACGCAGGUGUAUAGGCACACAGGUAUACAGAUAGACUCAGGUAUAAAGGCUCACACACACACACACACAAACCCAGGCAGAUAGACACAUAGGCAAACGAGAAGCUUACGUGCAAGCGCAUUCACAGGGAGAGGGGAAAAGAUACGGGCAAAAGGACUCAGGAAGACAGGGAGAGAGGCACUCACAGGCAGACACACACACACGUGCAGAUAGAGAGACAUACAUAGGUGAAUACAAUCUUAGGCAGACAUAGACGAAGACACAUAGACACACACACACAAGUAAGCAGGCGGACGCCACAGGUACUGCAGCGAUGCCUAUCCUGAAGCAGCUGGCCCCCCAGCAGUCAAAACGGCGUUCCCGGCCGGACCUGACCCGGGAGAUGAUCAGUGCCCCGCUGGGGGACUUCCGCCACACCAUGCACGUGGGCCGAGGCGGGGAUGCCUUUGGCGACACUUCCUUCCUCGGAAGUCGCCCGCAGACCUCCCCUGCUGCCACCUCCCCCUCCGCUCUGCACUCCCUUCCUGAGGAAGAGGUGGGAGGAGAGGAGGGAGCUCCACCGCCCCCGCUCACACCAAAGGGAGGGGCGGGUGAGGAUGAGGAGGGAAGGGUUCGGCCCGGAACUUCACCUGGGGGGUUGCCUCUGAGGCGCGCUGACUCUGUGCUCUCCUUCCACGUUGACCUGGGACCCUCAAUGCUGGGAGAUGUGCUGGGAGUGAUGGAGAUAGGGGAGCCUCCCCAGGGACCCCAGUCACCAGGGGAGCAGGGUCCCGGGACCCCUCCCAGUGUGGGGGAAGGGGAGGAGAGUGAGUGGAGUGGGAGGGAGGGUUUGAGGGAAGAGGAGGAGGAGAGUGUGAAGGGGAAAGGUGAGGUAGAGAAGAGGGAGGCGGAGUUGGGGGAGGGUGAGGAGGAGCGGAGAAAUGGGGAGAGGGAGGAGAGGAGCGGCUCUGUCCCCAAGGAGGUUGAGGAGGAGGAGGAGGAAGAUGAGGGUGGUGAGUGUUACACCUUUGAGGAGGAGGAACAGGAUGAUGAAGUACACGUGUAGGAUAAGUCCCAACUCCACUCCCCCCCCCCCCCCCAAAA